CUCUGCUCGAAAAUAUCCACCGCACUUGCUUAUAGCAUCACAGCCAGAUCGGAACCUUCAACAAUCAACGUUCGAUUUCGAGAUCCAUCCGUGUGACGCGUGUCAGAAGAUAUCGGCUGCCCCGCGGAGGCCCUUUUGGUCACGACACGGCCACCAGUGCUUUGUCAAUAGCAAGCAGUCGUCAAGCGCCCGCCCGCUCGAUACAGUCACAGCAAGCCCUCGACAAACAAAGAAGCGAUUCCUGCAGGCUCAGGAGCCCAGCUUUUCCUUUGCUCCACACAGCGGACCCUGACUACCUCUAUUCACCAUGGCCCUGAACCCACACCAGAAGAACAAGGUGGACAUCAGUUCGCUCACAGAGGAGGAACAAAAGCUGUUCAGAUUAUAUGGCAAGCUUCCUAACAAGAAGGACCUCUUCAGCAAGAAGCUCCAGGAGCGCAAGUACUUCGACUCUGGCGACUAUGCCAUGUCCAAGGCAGGAAAGUCCGACAGUGGCUCUUUGGGAGGAGGCUUAGGUCGGGAGCACCCAACACCCGAAAACAUUCCCCAUCUUUCGCAAGUACAGUCUGCUGGCACGCCCACCGGAGAGAAUGGCCCCCGAGGCUCGAUCUCUGGCGUUCCACCAAGCCUGCAUCCAACCCCAUCCCAGCAAAGCGGCAGUCCGGUCAAGGAGGGCUCGAUCUUGCAGCGAGGAAUGAGUGUGGAUGAGCAAGACGGCGAGGAAAUUGCACAAGCGGCCACAUCUGCUGCGGAGAAUGGUAACGGCGCCAUUCCAAUCAGACAAUAAAUUUCCAUGGCGUUUGAAGGAUGCUAUGGAAAUCGACGACCGGCAGUAGGAAGGUGACAAGAAAGUAGCUUCAGAGACAUAGUGAGUUGCAAAAUUUGGAGUGGACGAGGGAAAGCAGGAGUUCUACAAUCACGGCCGAUACGAAACGAGCAUACGGAACUCGUUGGAACGGACCAGGGAAGGCAGCAGCGAUUUGAGGUUCACUAAGGCGUCGGCACGCAGGCGUCCCGGAAUGCGCACACUCUUGGUCAUCACCACCGCAUGAAGAAGUGACCCGAUCACGGGACUUCGUAGAAGACUUGACAUGACAUGACUUUUUCUUUGAGUUAACACGCAUGCAUGAAUUGACCAUAUCAAAUGCUACUCUGUGGAGAGCAGAAAUUAAGCUGUACUAUGUAUUCGAGUAUCUAUGAUUUUAGCGGC